AUGUCACGACGCAUAAGUUUUUGUUAUCUCAUGGGUGAUCUGGGAUGCAAAAAUCAAAUCAAACUAAUACCCAACAAUGACGAGGUGCUUGGAAAGAUCAUAGAAGCUAUGGCCUUACUACUUCCGGAGAAUCCUGCAGAUCGUGAGCUGCGAAAGUUCACGCAAAUGUAUCCCAAUAUUUACCCAUUCGUUGAUACGAGGGAACUUGUUCUUGAUCACUGGCAACCAAAUAACAAGCCAUGGAGAAUGGGCAUCACGUGCUGUAUCGAGCUUCAGCACUAUCAUGAAAGAUGGCUAUCAAGCAUACCUUUCACAGUCAAUGGCGUACUAUAUUGUUACAACGAUGGUCCUUUCUAUUCCGGAGCUUCUCGUCCUCUUAAAGACGUGGAUCGCAUUCCAUAUGAAAUCAAGGAAAUUCGAAAAUUACUUGGUACCCAUCGAAGCGAACGUGGAUGA